UGAAUGUGUAUUGACAUUUGUUGAAUUUCAGAUGUUUUGUAAUCGGAACAGUCGGUGACAACAUGGACCUAACAUUUCUGGGAACAGCUUCGUGUUAUCCAUGUCCAAAUAGAGGUGUGUCAUGUACAGUGCUUCGCAAUGAAGGUGACUGUUGGAUGUUUGAUUGUGGAGAAGGAAGUCAAAUCCAGAUACAGAAAAGUAACAUUCGACCAACCAGAAUUACUAAAAUAUUCAUAACACAUCUCCAUGGUGACCAUUUAUUUGGUCUGCCCGGUUUUCUUUGCACUAUUGGCCAAUCAGGAGCAGAAAGAGACACACCACUAGAACUAUAUGGCCCAAUCGGAUUACGGAGGUAUAUCCGGACAUCUCUGGAGUUGUCAAGGUCAAUGCUGGGUUUUGAUUACAUUGUGAAUGAACUUGCAGUACCUGAAAAGGAACUGCCUGCUGAUUGGGAGUCAUGGCAACCUGUUCAUGAUUCUACUGGUGCUUUACAUCCUAAUGAAAAACCAGGAAGAUUAAUUGAACCAGAUGAACAUGGAGUAUGGCACUGUUAUGGUGAUAAAAGAAUAACUGUGAAAGCUGCUCCACUCACUCAUCGAGUGCCAACAUUUGGGUUUGUUAUCGAGGAAGCCACGCUGCCAGGAAAACUAGAUUCAAAGAAACUUCUUGACCUGGGUGUACCUCCUGGUCCGCUGUAUGGUCGGAUAAAGAAUGGUGAGAAUAUGACAUUGGAUAACGGCGACGUGCUUACGCCUCAAGAUGUACUCGGUCCACAGCGAUUAGGAAGAAAAAUAGUUAUUUUAGGGGACACGUCAUGCAGCGAGCAGAUAACCUCAGUUGCCAUGGAUACUGACAUCUUAGUUCAUGAGGCAACGUUGGAGAAUGAGCUGCUUGACAAGUGCAUUGAAAAUGGACACUCUACUCCAGGGAUGGCUGCGGAGUUUGCUAAUAAAAUAAAUGCAAAGAAACUCAUUCUCACUCAUUUUAGUCAGCGAUACAGAGCGGUGUCCGACACAUUGAAGGAAGGUGAAGAAUCAGUUGGUAAACUCAUAAAGCAAGCUGAACUUGUGUUUUCGAGAGGUGACGUAGUAGCGGCCGAUGAUCUGAUGCAGAUUGUUAUACCACAGCACUAA